GAGAGAGAGAGAGAGAGAGAGAGAGACUCAGAGACUGGUUUCUUCUUCUCUCUGCUAUUGGACAGACUCACCCACACACACACUCUGUACCUCUGGAACAGAACAGGUGGAGGGAGGAACCCAGAAGAACGUGCUCAUCGCUGUGGAUGGUUCCAGAACCUCGUUAAAAUCCAGAGAAGGAUGUGACUUGGCAGCCUGUCAGAGGGAGUUGUUCUCAUCGAAAGGUUUACUUUUGGACUGUGUGUGUGAGUGUGUGUGUGGGUGUGUUUGUGAGUGUGUGUGUGUGUGUCACAGAGAGCCUUCUGCUGUACAUGUGUGUAUACAGGCUGACCUACCCCAGCUGUGGAGCCUCUGUGUGAGUGUAAGCCUGCGUUUUGGCCAACCUUCUUAGAAAAUAGCAAAAAGAUAGAGAGAGAGUCUGAGUGCUUGCAUGUAUGUGUGUGAGUAUGUGAGUGUUGAGUGGUUUCUGAGACGUGCUCUGUAAGCAAGAGCGGAAGAUGCCGGCCAUUCUGGUCGCCUCUAAGAUGAAGUCGGGACUGCCCAAACCGGUGCACAGCGCCCUGCCCAUUCCUCAGCUACAAAACAAUUCCGGGUCCAGGACCUCCAUCACUCACAGCCACCUCAGACACAGCCCCCUGAAAGCCCCUCACCGGCAGGGAGAGCGCCGGGGAGAGGACGGGGGGGAGGAAAUGACCACCCCCACCAAAAGGCUCUCAACCACAGGGAGUGACGACUGCGAGGACCCUCAGAUUUACACGGACUGGGCCAACCAUUAUCUGGUGAAGUCGGGCCGUCAGCGACUGAUCAAGGACUUGCAGCAGGAUGUUACAGAUGGAGUGCUACUGGCUGAGAUUAUACAGGUUGUGGCAAAUGAGAAGAUAGAAGACAUCAAUGGCUACCCUAAGAGCCGGACUCAGAUGAUUGAGAACAUUGAUACCUGCCUUGGAUUCCUGGCAGCCAGAGGGGUGAACAUCCAGGGGCUCUGUGCAGAGGAGAUUCGUAAUGGGAACCUGAAGACCAUUCUGGGUCUGUUCUUCAGUUUGUCCUGCUACAAGCAACAGCAGCAGCAGCAGAAGGUGUUGAAACAGCAGGCCUCUCAUCAGCCAAAGCACAGCACCCAGCCUGGACAUACUCCCCAUAGAUCACCAGCCCUCUCUCACACCCACACCCAUCAUACCCACAGCUCCACUGCACCAGAACACAAAGCAGCAUCAGAUAUGCUGUCCAGACUGCCAGGCCCCACCACGCGAGUCUCAGCCCCAGGCAGCGAGGGGAAGCAUCGUGGGGCCUCCAACAGCAACCGCCGCAGCCAGAGCUUCAACCACCAUGACAUGCCCAAGUUCUCCAGCAGUGACAGAGCACCUAUCAUUUCAUCUGGCUUGCUAAAUAACUCUCAUUUUGAUGACAUCCGUUUUGUGAGUAUUGCACAGUUCUACAUUUGGCAUAACAAAUGUGUUACUUCCUCUGCUUUCUAGAGCCUAUAUUUACUGUGUAUUCCUACCUGUGUGUUUGAUUAUAGUGUGGUGGACAUCACGUUACACCAUGGCUUUACAAUCGUAGUGGUAUAACUAAAUCUGUCUGAAAAAAUGGCCUUGUUUGAUUUAAGAUCUUAUAAUAUAUCUUCACUGUAAAUCUUAGUCCUAGAUUGGUAGAUUGGGUCCUCAGUGGUAUGAAGCCAGUCAGACGGUACUUCCCUGUGAUGUAUGUUAGUGAGAGUGGAGUAGAGCAGAACAGAGCAGAGCUGAGAAGAACAGAGCAGAAUAGAACAGAGUCGACCAGAACAGUACAGAGCCGAGAAGAACAGAGCAGAACAGAGCCGAGCAGAACUGAGCAGAACAGAGCCGAGCAGAACAGUACAGAGCCAAGAAGAACAGAGCAGAACAGAGCCGAGCAGAACUGAGCAGAACAGAGCCGAACAGAGCCGAGAAGAACAGAGCAGAACAGAGCCGAGCAGAACCAAACAGGGCAGAACAGAACUGAGCAGAACAGAGCAGAGCUGAGCAGAACUGAGCAGAACAGAGCAGAGUAGAACAGAGCUGAGCAGAACUGAGCAGAAAGAGCAGAGUAGAACAGAGCUGAGCAGAACUGAGCAGAACAGAGCAGAGUAGAACAGAGCCGAGCAGAGCAGAGUAGAAAGAACAUAGCUGAGCAGAACUGAGCAGAGUAGAACAGAGCCGAGCAGAACAGAGCAGAGUAGAACAGAGCCGAGCAGAACUGAGCAGAACAGAGCCGAGCCAAACAGGGCAGUACAGAGCCGAGCAGAACAGAGCCGAGCAGAACAGAGCAGAACAGUACAGAGCCGAGCAGAACUGAGCAGUGUGACGGUAGGGGUUAACUUUCUGGCUGGGUGGUUUACCUGGAUAACCCAGUAUACAGUCUGCAUUCUACAGCCUACAGUACAGUCUACAGUCAGCUAGUGGUAGGCUGCUGCUGCUGUGUGAUGAGGAAUUCACUGUGCAUUGACUGAGCCCUAAUUAGUGUACAUGUGGAACAGAGAUGGAGGGAUAGAGGGAACAACAGAGAGAAGGAUGGGGAGGAGGAGGGAG